UAUGAAAACGUUGAGCGAACACCGUGCAAGCAGAAAGGUCCAGAAACAUUUCAGAACAUUUUCUUUCCGUAUUUAAAUAUUGAGUGGCUAAUUUUUCCUCAUCGUCGUUUGCUGUAACGGAAGAAAUAACACGAGAGUCGGAUAAUAGCGGAGGAAGUUAGCAGGUCGCUGCAAAACAACUGAAGAAAGUGAGAGAGCAUGUCUCUGCCCAAGAGAGAGGUGGAUGAGCUGAGGCCAUGGGUGGAGCGCACAGUCAAGAAGGUCCUUGGCUUUUCUGAACCCACAGUGGUAACUGCUGCAUUACACUGUGUGGGAAAAGGCCUGGACAAGAGAAAAACCACGGACCAGCUGAGGCCAUUUCUUGAUGAUUCGGCAAGCAGCUUUGUGGAGCGUCUGUUUGAGGCUCUGGAGGAGAGCAGAAACUCUCGAAGCAGUAAAGGAGCAGGGGAGAAGCACCGCAAACGAGAACUGAAGGAUGUGUUUGGAGAUGAGGUGGAAGGAGUGAAGGAAAGAGAGAGUGUUGAAUCGGCCACAAAGAAAAAGAGAGCUCCUCGCUUUGAGGAGGUGGAGGAACCAGCUGUUAUACCUGCACCCCCUACAGAGAGCCCUGGCAUGCUCACCAAGAUGCAGAUCAAGCAGAUGAUGGAAGCAGCCACACGGCAGAUUGAGGAGAGGAAGAAACAGUUGAGUUUUGUGGCUCCAGCUCCCAUUGUACAGCCUAAACUUCCGGAGUUUUCCCCUCAGACAGACCCCAGUUCUACACGUAGCGUCCCAUCGGUGGGAUCAACCCAAUCUAUCGCACCCUCUCAGGCAGCUAACUUCAUGAAUGAUGCUAUAGAGAAGGCCCGGAAGGCAGCUGAACUACAGGCCAAGAUCCAGUCCACCCUAUCCACAAAACCAGGGAUUCUAGGUGCUUUGAACAACACAGGGCCACAUAACCUGGUGGCCUUGGCCAACCUACACGCCAUGGGUAUCGCACCACCUAAAGUGGAGCCUCGUGAGAUUACAAAACCAACACCCCUCAUUUUAGAUGAGCUUGGACGAACCGUUGACGCCAGUGGCAAAGAAAUUGAGCUCACACAUCGUAUGCCCACUCUAAAAGCAAACAUCAGAGCAGUAAAGAGGGAGCAAUUUCGACAGCAGUUAAAGGAAAAGCCAAGCGAUGAUCUGGAAUCCACGUCUUAUUUUGACCCACGUGUACCCCUUGCUCCGGCACAGAGAGCCAAAAAAGAUUUCAGAUUCUAUGAACAGGGCCGCUUUGAGAAGAUCGCUCAACGCAUACGCACCAAGUCUCUGCUGGAGAAGCUACAGAUGGAGAUCGCUCAGGCUGCUAAGAAGACAGGCAUUCAGGCCUCCACUAAACUGGCUCUUAUUGCACCUAAGAAGGAGCUAGGAGAGAGGGAGAUUCCUCAUAUAGAGUGGUGGGACUCCUAUAUCCUGCCUUCCAACAUAGACCUAUCUGCAAAUACUAAUUUGGAUGGGAUCGAGAUGCAUGGAGUCACUAAUCUGGUUGAGCACCCCAUUCAGAUGGCCCCUCCAGUUGAUGCAGAUAUGCCAGUGACCCUGGGUGUAUAUCUGACUAAGAAGGAACAGAAGAAGUUGAGGAGACAGACUCGCAGGGAAGGCCAGAAAGAACUGCAGGAGAAGGUCCGAUUGGGCCUCAUGCCUCCACCUGAACCCAAAGUACGUAUCUCUAAUCUGAUGAGGGUUUUGGGGACGGAGGCUGUGCAGGACCCCACUAAAGUAGAGGCUCAUGUUAGAGCACAAAUGGCCAAGAGACAGAAGGCACACGAGGAGGCGAAUGCAGCGCGUAAACUCACAUCAGAACAAAGGAAAGAGAAGAAGGUCAAGAAACUCAAGGAGGAUUUAAGUCACGGGGUUCACAUCACUGUUUACAGGAUCCGAAAUCUGCAUAACCCAGCCAAGAAAUUUAAGGUGGAGGCCAACGCAAACCAGUUGUACCUUACCGGUACAGUGGUGCUACACAAAGAUGUCAACAUCGUAGUAGUGGAGGGAGGACCCAAAGCACAGAAGAAGUUUAAGCGGCUGAUGCUGAAUAGGAUCAAAUGGGAUGAGCAAAAUUCAAAGAGAGAUGAGCCUGAAGGGUCUGAUGAUGAGGGUUCCAGAAAGAAUAAUAAAUGCACCUUGGUUUGGGAGGGCACAGCCAAGGAACGUAGCUAUGGAGAGGUUAAGUUUAAGCAGUGUCCCACGGAGAACAUGGCUCGGGAACAUUUUAAGAAGCAUGGCACCGAGCACUACUGGGACUUGGCUCUGAGUCAGAGCGUGCUGGAGACGACCGAUGAUUGAGACAUGAACCGAACGGAGCAGUAACUGAAUAAUCACGAAAACUCAGUGUGCCAUGUGCACUUUUUUUUUUUUUUUUUUUUGAGAAGUGGAAUAGACUGACAGUGAAAAACGUGUAAAUAUAGCUUGAGUGUGAGAGAUUGAUGAUGCGCGAGUUGCGUGCCUGUCGUACAGGUGUGAAACAGUGCAAAGCUUAAGAACAAGAGUUGUUUGUUUUAAGUUGUUACUCUGCUUAUACUGAAGAACCAAUGGUGGCAGAUUGAACAAGGACUUUAGUGUAUGUAAAGGUUUUGUAUCUCUUGUAACCAUCUCUUUUAAUCAGCAGUCUGUGCUCCUGUUCUAUGACUUCCACCUUGGCUCUAUCUUGUUUGAGCACUGCAUUACUUGCUUGCAAUGUUUUUAAAUAUUGCUUGAUGGAAGUCUUUUAAGCAAGCAGGAAAGCCUCACUUCUGUAAUGAGCAGUUUAUUGACACAGUGUAGUUUACUCAAUGAGCAGAUGUGUUUCAGUGCACAGCGUAAAGCAUUGGUUUCUGUAAAACACACGGGUUGAUUUUAAAGCAGUGCUAUGCUUCUACAAAAAAGGAGGAUUUUUGUUUACAAUUUGGCUCACAUAUACCAAUAUCCAGUAGAGAGAGAGAGAGAGAACCUGUCUUGCUAAAUCUGUCACACCAUGUUCUUUUGUUCCCUAUUGUUUUUCCCAUUUGUUUUUUGACAAGGACUCAAAUGCAGAUCUCAACUGUACAUUAACUGCAACUAACCAAAUGCUGGUGAAUAAAAAUCAAGCUUGUUUCUUGUAAAAAGUUUAAGUUUUUGUUUACUAAGAAGAUUUAAAUACACUUAUGUUGUGUGACCAGUAUGAUUUAUGAGAUAGGAUAACUAUUGAAGUGUCUGUCAUGUACUGGUCAUUGAAGCUGCCAGUUUGGACUCCUCACUGGUGCUGUUUCUCAAACUAGAGACAACCUCUUGUAAUGCUCCUGGGCUGUCAACUUCUCUGUCCUUGCUAGAUCCAGUUUGAUUAAUUUUUUCAAGACAGUACAAGUGCAUGGAAUAGCCUUCAUAGACUGAUGUAAUUCAUGAGAAAUGUGUUUCUUUUUGACCAUUUUUAUAACAAAAAUUUGCCUUGUAGGAACUUGAAAGUACUCAAUACCUGGAAAAAUACAUGGUAUUGCAAUUUCCACAGCCAUUUUCAGAGUUUUGUGAGUAUCAAAUUAGCAUAUUAGAAUCAUUUCUUAAAGAAAUGUAAUCUGUUAAAAUUAUCCAUGUCACUCCAAACCUGUAUGCAUUUAUUUCUUCUGUGGAACACAAGAUAUAACUUUUUUUUUGUUACUUUGUCCAUGAAAGUCAAAGUGGUCAAUUUACUGAUUGGACCCCAUUGACUCAUUCAACAGUUGACAUAUUCUUCAAAAUAUCUUUUUAUGUAGAAUUAAAAAAAUGUAUAACGGUUUGGAGUGACGAGGGUUAGUAGAUGACAGAAUUUUCAGUUUUAGGUGAACUAUCUUUUUAAGAAUAAUUUCAUAAGGACACAUUUUCUUUGGUAAACUGGUGUAAUGGCUGCUGAAAAUGGGGCUUUGGCAUUAUGGGUAAAAAAAAAUAUAAAACACUCAUUUCAAACCGUAACAAUAAUUUGCAGAAGUACUGAUGUUGCUGCAUUCAACGUCAAAUGUCAAUCACUGAAACAUCAGCGCCACAUUGAGUAAGAAAUAUCAUGUAAUAAAAUAUAUGUACAUGCAUAUGAUAAUUCACCACUAACAGACAGAUUUUGUAGUCGUUUUUCUUGUAAUAAACAAAUAAAUAUAUAUCAUUUGAUAGUAAACUUAAAUAUAUAGAUGAAAUCACUAAUAUUAUGG